ACAUCAGCAGCUGUGCGUAAAGUAAAUAUGGCGAUCAAAAUGGAAGGGCCACUAAGCAAGUGGACGAAUGUAAUGAAAGGAUGGCAAUACCGAUGGUUUGUUCUGGACCAUACAUCUGGAAUUCUUUCCUAUUACACAUCUAAAGAGAAGAUGGUGAAAGGGUCACGACGCGGAUGUGUGAGAUUAAAGGGUGCUGUUAUUGGCAUUGAUGAUGAAGACGAUAGUACUUUCACCAUCACAGUUGACCACAAGACAUUCCAUUUUCAAGCCCGUGAUGAAGAGGAAAGAGAAAGGUGGAUUGAAGCUCUUGAGAGUGCAAUCUGUGAAAUGAGCGGUCAGAGGAAUGCAUCCUCAGAACAUGCAGCAACUUUAGAGGACUUUGAGAAAAAACUCAUGGAGACAGAUGCUUACCUCGAGCUUCUCAUAGAACAGAAUCAGGCUUUAGCAAAGAAAAUUGAUGAAUGUCCAAAUGAGGCAGACAAAGAACGUUACAACAUCAUCAAAGUGACUGCUGAUGCCAUGAUUGAAGCAAUUAAGCAUUCCAUAAUUCAGCUUCAGAUAUCAAAGGAAAACUUGAGGGAGCCAGUUUUGAAUGGCACGAUCAAUGAUGGACCAAUGAUAACAGAUGGAGCCAACUACGGCCAUUUCUCAGGGGCAGCUCGUUCAGUCAUGCCAUCCUUGUCGACGGAGAACGUUUGCCAGGCCAGUCAGGCAGAGAAACCCCAGCUCUGUUCUCAGACUAGCAUAUCUCUUCCCAAUCUAGCUUGCCCUGACGAUGAUCUUCCUGUGCCUGUUGUGGUGAAUGAAGCAGUCCCGGCCACAUCAUACUCAUCCAGCGAGGAUGAAGAGUUCUACGAUGCUGAGGAGGCCAAGUCUCCAAAAGAUCACGACGGGUCCAGAGCUCCGAAGGCUGACGGUAACUCUGGCUCAACUAUAGACCCUGCUGCAAAGGCCAAGGUCAUCUCGUCCAAGGAAGAUUACUUUGAUGAGCUCUAUGAUGUCAAAGAUGAAGAAGAUUUGGGCUCCAUGGAACAGCACGGCAGCAUCAUAGGUCACCUGUUGUCCCAGGUUCGCAUUGGCAUGGACCUGACCAAAGUGGUUCUGCCCACUUUUAUCCUGGAGAGGCGCUCGCUGUUGGAAAUGUUUGCUGAUUUUUUCGCUCACCCGGACUCCUUUUGCCAAAUUGCUGAUAUGACCACUCCAAAGGAGCGAAUGGUGCAGGUGAUCAGGUGGUAUCUUGGAGCCUUCCAUGCUGGUCGACCCAGUGAGAUUGCCAAAAAGCCUUACAACCCAAUUAUAGGAGAAACAUUCAAGUGUUACUGGCAUGUACCUGGUGCCCCUGAAUCUGCGGAAGUGUCGCCUGAAGGUCCAACUCCAUGGUGUACAAAAGACAACUUAUCAUUCAUCUCGGAGCAAGUGUCCCAUCACCCACCAAUCUCAGCAUUCUAUUCGGAGAACUACAACAAGCGCAUCUCCCUUGAUGGCUACAUCUGGACCAAGUCUAAGUUUUUGGGCCUGUCAAUUGGUGUGCACAUGAUUGGUCAGUGUGUGCUGUCUGUGCUGGACUAUGAUGAGGAGUAUACCUUGUCCUUCCCCAGUGGAUACGGCAGGUCCAUCUUGACGGUGCCUUGGGUGGAACUGGGAGGCAAGAUCAACAUCAAUUGUGCAAAGUCAGGCUACUCUUCCUUAGUGGAAUUCCAAACCAAGCCUUUUUACGGCAGCAGAAAGCAUCGGGUGGUUGCAAAUAUAUUUGAGCCAAAUGAGAAGAAAUCUUUUGUGACCAUUGAAGGAGAGUGGAAUGGUGUGAUGUAUGCCAAGUGGGCCUCGGGGAAAAAUGAAGUGUUUGUGGACACCAAGACUCAGCCCAUCAUCAAGAAGAUUGUGAAGCCGCCGGAGCAGCAGGAUGAGUUCGAGUCUAGAAAAUUGUGGAGAAAAGUGACGCUGAACCUGAAGGAGAAGAAUGUGGAUGCAGCGACCGAAGAGAAACGACGACUGGAACAGAGGCAGCGAGACGAAGCUAAAGAGAGGAAGGAGCAGGGCGCCAAGUGGGAAACCAAGUUUUUCCACGAAGUCGGAGAGCACUGGGUCUAUGACAACCCCCUGGUAAAAAGGGUGAAGAAAAAAACGCCGCUGAUGAGCAGAAAGGAACCGAAAUAAUUAAGUUUUUGUUGAACCAGAUUUUCAUGCUUUUUGUCAGAUUAUAUUCCUCCCGUGCACCCUUAUCGUAAUUGGUUUGUCUACAUCUCCUGGGCUGGAGGUGAUCCCCUGUUUAGAUGACUGUCUACCCAUAGCCUGUUUAUUCCUUAGAGGUCAUUGACUUGUGAUGGGUUCUUUGACUUGGCUCUAGACUAGCUGCCUUAGGCCUGCAGUAGUGAGAUGCUUGGUGAUGGGCAGCCCCUAUAUGAAGUGGCCUGGGUUAUUUUUGGUGUAUGUUGGCUUUGUUUUGUAUUGGGGGAUUUUGGGUUGGUGUUUCUUUUUGUUAUUUAUGUUGUUUGGUUUUGGUGUUUGUUGGGGGGGUAAAUGUUUUUAGGAUUUUUUUUUGUUUUUGUAUAGAGAUCAGGAUGGUUGAAGGUGAGAACUAUCUGUCGUUAAUAUGCGCAGCAGUCCCCGAGUUCAGUAUAAGGACUUUGGUGAAGUCGCUCUGCAAAAGAGCAAGUGUAUGCCAUGCUUAGAUCAACUACUUAUGCUGGUCCUGAAGAUAUCGCUGUAUUUGAUCAAAUCUGUAAGUUAACCAACGGUGGCUUCUUCUGUGUUUGGCUGUAUGUGGCUAUGGAACGGUUUGUUUGUUAUGCAUGAUAUCCUUCUCCCUGCUGUUGUGGCUGUGGGUAGCCAUUGCUUAUGUCCCAUAGCAGUUUGUGUUUUAUUUAUUUUUGUCUUGCAAGUGCUGUGUGAUGCUAUGCUAAUGCUGUUCUUGAUACUGUGGCUUGAACUAAGAUUCUGUGUGUUUCAUUAUCGAUGAUGUAUAGAUGAGGACAGAUUGUACAAUGUAUAAAAGAAAGAACUUGACAGCUGGUUGUUGAGAAGUGUACCCUCCCAUCCUUCUAUUUUCUUUUUUUUUAUAGUUUUUUUUUUAAAGUAUUGAAACUUUCGUUGCACAGGGCCUGAAAGUAAUUAUUUUCAUUAUUCAUAUAUGGACAAUAUUUUAUACGAACUUCCCACAUUUUUGUCUAGUUCUGAGUCAUGAACUAUUAAGAAUACAGAGGAGUUUGACGUACAUUCCAGUACAUAGCGACAAUUGAAGGGAUACUUUGAGAAUUUCAUCCAUAGGUGAGUGGCCAUUAUCCACAAAAGGGUGGAUAGAAUAUGGCAGGUGAGAAUAAAGUGUAAACCUCCCCAUAUCUGCGACCCCAGAUGUUGCCAUUAGGUCCAGCUAUUCAAAAUGGGGGCGAUACUUUACUCUUACUUUACACCAGACCGUGGACAUGAAAUUCUCAUGGCCACUGGCUGCUUGAAGUGCACUGCUGAUUCCAAGCCUGUUUUUGAUAGGGCUACUGCCUAUAGUGUGCUUGCUUCAGACUGGUGAAAACAUUUUCUUCUUUAAGUUUCCCCAAUACGUUUACAUUUUGUUUUUCUAAUGUUAUGUUUUUAAAAAAAUAAUUCUUAUAUUAUGCCCUCGACCUACAUACUGUGAUGAUUGUUGUCAAAUGCCGUUUUAGAGAUUAUGGAAAAAUUGUUUGUCUUGAUGAGAAUAUUUCAAACAGUUCAGUCACUCGUGUAUGGCAAUGGCCAUCCUGUUGUCUUCAUUUUUUGUCCUUGUCUGUGAGUGCUUUGGAGAAGAAUUUUUAAUUUGUGUCGGGGGGAAUCAGUGAUUCAAUUUCAUUUUGCUUUUGUCUCUGGAUAGCUCGUGUUUCCUUUUCUUUUUUUCAUUAAUCUUUGAGGCGCGUAUAAGAAUCUGUUUGUCCUGCCUAUUAAGCAGACUCAGCUAGUAUUAUUAUCAUUUUUUUGUGUGUAGAAUGAUUGCUCUAAAUCUUUUGAUAUUCAGCCCUACCGAUUUUUCUAAUGCUGUGUUGAUCAGUGCAGUUUGGAAAAGGUUAAUGUGAUUUUAUGAAUUUUUUAAAAUGCGAACUGGGUGGCUCCUUGGAUGCUUGUGGAAGGUUUUACAUCUGUCUUUUUCUUUAAGACUUUGGUCUGUUCUCUCACUCUGCCUUUUUCUUUUAGGACUUUGGUCUGUUCUCUCACUCUGUCUUUUUCUUUAGGACUUUGGUCUGUUCUCUCACUCUGUCUUUUUCUUUAGGACUUUGGUCUGUUCUCUCACUCUGUCUUUUUCUUUUAGGACUUUGGUCUGUUCUCUCACUCUGCCUCUCACUAGUUGGCCAAUGUUGUGUUGUGUCAACAUGUUUCUUUUUAACACGCACAGACUGACUUCUUUGUGACCGUGUGAAAGAAAAAGAAAUGAAUUGCGUUUGGGUUUUGUUUUUUGCUUUAAUUCUUAUUCUGUUCUUCUUUAUUUCUUUUUUCCUUCAAAUAUUCCGUUGCCCUGGCCAGGGAAUUAUGCCUUCUGCUUUGUAAAAUUUCUUGGACUCUAAAUUCCAUUGACACAUGUUUGGAGGUUUGUGAUGCCUGUGAAUAGAAUUACUGCUGAUUUUGUGAUAUUUUCUGCCCUGUGUUUGUUGCUGUAGUAGUUGUACGGAUUACGAGGAAACUGUGCAUUUGUAUCGUAAAGCGUGUGUGUUUGGAGUGUAUCUAUGACAGUAUGAGUCGGUCAACAUGGCCUUCUCAAUGAUACAGUAUAUUCAGUCCAUGUUUCCAAAAUCAUUUUUGAAUAGAUUGGAAGCUAGUAGUUGUAAAUCCCAUAGAGCACACUUUAGAGUGUGGAUAUAUACGCUAUAUAAAUGCAAUUAUUGUUAUUUAUUAUUUAAGACAAUUGUGAAGUUUGACUCUCUCAUAUCAAUAACAACAGAAACAAUAAGAGGACAUUAGUGUUUUAAGAUAGAAUCAUUAAUCAUCUGAAAAACUUGGUUUUUAAGAAGAAAAAAAAUAUUAUGAUAAUGGUAUUUGUUGGGGGGUGGGGGGGGGGGGGGGGGUUGUGACAGGUGUUUUUCGCUGUAUUUUUUUUCCCAAUGACUUGGUAUUCCAGUGUCUCUAAAUUUUUACCGUACACAGAAGCUCAACAUUUCAGCUUUUUGAUUAAGACAAAGUGUCAUCAUCUGUACCUGAGUGUAAAAUCUACAAUUUGUGAUACCAUGGUCUGUAAGCUGUGUGGAAAAUGAUGUUGGAUAAUCAAUCUAGUUAUUGCCUUUUAUACUAGGGUCUCUAAGCUGUGUAGAAAAUGAUGUAGUAGUAGUAGUAGUAUGAAGUACGGCUGUGGUCAGGCUAGUGGCCUAUGUGGGAUAAACAAUCUAGCUAUUGCCUUUUAUUGGGUCUGUAAGCUGUGUUGAAAAUGAGGUGGGGGAAUCGGCUUCCCAUCUAGUUCUUUCCCUCUCUAGUGAUAGUUAACAUCCUUCAACAGCAAUCGGAUGGUGCUGAUAGCUUAAUCUGAGCCUUGCUGGAACGUCAUACAGAUGGCCCAAGUUCCCCCCCCCCACCCCUGCCCUCCUGAAUAGUCAUUCUUUAGUUCAAAGUGUUUUGGGGAACUUUCAAGGUUUCCACCCUUUCUUCUUGUCCAAGGUUUCCCCCCCCUAUUAGGUAAUAUCCAUAAAAUUUUGGAAUGGCCUUAAACCCACACCAUACUACUCAUACUAUCAUGUAGAUUAGACUUUUUUGUCUUUCAUUGUUGCUGUAAUUUAUUGUGUUUCUGUAUAUCAAAGAGUAAGGUGACUUUGUGUCUUUAUUGUGGAUAGUUGGAGGGUGCCACUGGUAGGUCCUACUUCUUUUCUUUCCCCCCUAAUGUUUCUCUCUGUCUUUCUUGCUUUUUCCUGGCACAAUAUGACUGUUAUUGGGUCGAUGUGCUUCUCUUUACUCAUACAAAUAAACUUUCCUUUCAAAAUGAAAAUGGAUCCUGCAUGAACUUUAAUUAUUAAUUCAGAUGAAAGGCUCCAGGGCAAAAUGCACUAUCCAUUUACAUGAGCAUCAAAAGUGAGAAAAAGGGAAAACUUAUUCCCUGAAAAGAAAAAUAGGCCUAUGAAUGAAUUGCUAAUUAUUGAGAGAAAUAGUGAAUUUUGAGGGGGAAAAAAUUCAUUGUCACGACUAUUCUUAUCAUAAGUUUAGGAAAUGGGUGGGCUUUUUCAGAAAUGCCUAGAUUUGGUGUGUGGUGCAUUUUGCAACGGAACCCUUCAGAUGCUGUCUUUAUCCCUGUUCUCCUACCCUUCUCUCUCCCUCAUCCUCUUCCCUUAAACAUGGGGAUGGUACAAUUUUAAUUCUUUUUUUUUUUAAAUUCCGUGUUCCUUCUAGAUUGACCCAUGUAUACUAGAUUGACCCAUGUAUUUUUGUGAAGCAAGCUCAAGAGCUCUGCUUUGUUGGGUUUUUUUGGUUUCCGUAAUCAGAAUCAUUAGCAUGUGACCCUCAAAGUAUGAUUUUAUGGCCUGCUCAAAACUGUGCAAUAUAGUAGUUAUGCAUUUCUUAUGUACUGGGCCAUCUCCCGUGAAUCACUGAAUGUUUGAUGCGGGUUUGGCAUCACAUGUGUAAUUAUCUUUUAUUUUACAUGUAUGGAUUUUUAAAAAUCUGUGCGUUCACACAUGCCAUAAUGCCACUGUUUUGUCCUCCAGUUAAGCUAAAGUGUGUGUACUCUCCAGUUGUUGUUUUUUUUACAGAAGACCACUUUUGGUUUGACUUGUUACAUUUUAUGCCUUUGGCCUCUCAAUAUGGAGACAAGUCUUGACUCUUGGCAGGUAAAUGGAAAGACUUCAGGGUUGAGGGAGUUCUGUCUUUUUUGGAGUCAACCUUGAUUUUUCUUCUGUCUCUUCCUUUUUAUCAUUCUUCAAAGUUUGUUUUUUUACCUCUGCCCUCUCUCUGUGAUGGUCUUUGUGUCUUACAGAAACCAAAAACACUCUUCUUGCAGUCAUAUGCGUAACAUUGUCAUUGCGGUGUGUUGUACGACGUUGCCAUACAAACUGUGUCUUGGUCUUGUGCAGGAUGCCUCUGUCCCACGUUUCUGUCACAAACAUAUGGGAUUAUGUACACUUUUGCUGUUCUCUGUACAAUAUUGCUGUUAUGUGUACAGUGCGACGUUUCUGUAUUAUGCAUAAAUAACAUAAUAGUGUCUCAUUCUGUUAAUCUAUUGAUCAUUUCUUAUGUUGGGUGUUUGUUUUGGUUUUUACAAGUGUAUUGUGCUCUGUCAUAGCUUUUGUCGUAUGGGGGCGGAGCUGUGCGGGUUUUCUGUAAUCUUCAAAUUCUCCUCAUAUGGCUUGUUGCUAAAUAUGACUGGUCAAUAUCUUCUUUGGGAUUUGUUCUGGAGUUAUAGAGUGGUUGACUCUAUGCAGAUAUAAAAAUAAUUUGUUGUCUUUUUUGUCAUAUUUUUAAAACUACAAGUUAUUUUAUUUUUAAAAAUUUCAUGACGAAGUGAAAAGUUAACUUUUUUGCCUUGUUUUCAUAUUUUGUUAUUUCAGCACCGAUAUUUGAUAUGGAAAUAAUAAAUGUCACAGAGUACUUUUGAAUUGAAAAAAUGAAACCGGAACAUUACGCAUAAUAUUAUUUUCCCUACCUUUUGCGAAAUAGAAUCUAAAUCAUGUUAUGAUGCCCUUGUAUUAUCCGCAUCCCCUGGGUUAGAGAUGAUCCCCUGUUUAGAUGACUGUCUGCCUUUUCAUUGCAUUUGUUUUUCAAAUUUGCCACUCUCCUGUUAACUUGAGGCAGAUGAUUGUAAUUUAAACUAUUUUGAUAAAUUUUAGUGUUUUCUAGAUAUUAAAAAAACCAGCCAUUAAAUGUUAGCUCUAACUUUUUGGCUGACAUUUUUCUGAAACGAGUUCCUGAAUGGAUCUAUUGCUUGAGAGACUCGUUGACUGAAAAUGAUAAAUGCUUGCAAUUCUUUUUUUAACUGUCAGUCCAAGUAAAGUGUUCAAGAGAGUCGGUUUUGAAAAUUUAUCCUUGGAGAAGUAGAUAAUAUUUUUGCUCCCAGUUCUUUACAUCGUCUGAUGGACAUGUUGGAGCUUUUGUAAUUAAUGAUGAGUAGAUUAUCACCCUAUUUGGCAACAGUUCAUUUUGUGAUUUGUGGAACAGUUUCCUUCUGUGAGCACCUAACGCUUUAUGGAAUCAUGUAUACGGUCUCAACAGUACAUGAAGUUCUCAUUGGGGAAAGAGACAAUCUUCUAUGUUGAGAAAAGUAGGUCAGAAAUUGUACCUGAUGUGUGGUCGUACUAAUCAUCUCUUAGAAUACUUAUAUCUUAUUGAAAUGAGAACUAUAUAUUACAGACUAGUGAAAUAUUUCUUAACCCCCUAUUGUAUUUUAUCGUUGUGUAUGUGUGUGUAUGGGGAGGGGGGGGGGUGUUUGUCUGUCUCUGGAGGAUGAAAUAAUAUUUCAUAAUCAAGAUGUUAUGCUAGACAUAUCCCUAAAAACAAUAAUGCAGACAAACCCAGAAAAUAAGCCCCCCCACCCCUCCCCCAAAAAUCAUCCUUUUGUUGUUCCCACUAAGUUCUUAUCACCUUCUGUUGCUUGGUGUGAUUUGACUCACUGCUCAUCGCUUCACAAAUAGUCAAAUUAGCUUGGGUGUACUUGUUCGUUAGAAUAAGCAACUUGAUGCAUCUCCUGUCAAGUCUUGUCGUCACGUCAUGACAUUUACUUUCAGUGUUUGUUUCAUGCCCUAAUAUGUUUGUUCCAAUUUUUGUCUUGUUAUUUUUUCAAAUUUUUUUCUUUUUCUACAAUUAUCAUGAACAAAGAUAUACAGCUUCUUGACUUUUGAGAGGUGGACAACUGAACUGUUGCAAUAAAAUACCUAUCUUUUGUGUA